CAGCAGCCUGAAAACGAAUCCGGCCACGUCUUGGUCUCACCCCUCUGGGUGUUCAUCUGCCGUAUCUUCCAAGUUCUCAUCUCUCUCAUCAUCCUUGCCUUGGCUGCUCGUUUGAUGCACGAUGCCUACCUUGACGAGGAAGGUCUCGCACUGGCUAUUGCCAUCAUCACUUGGAUCGUCAGCAUGUAUGCUAUCCUUAGUGAGAAGCUGCCAACGCUCAACGAGUUCUACCACGUCGUUGCCGUCAUCGUCCUUGAUGGUGUCAUGAUGAUCCUUUGGCUUGCAACCUUUGCUGCCGUGGCUGCCAAGCGCGCCAAAUUCGUCUUCAAUGUCCGGGUGGACGGCUGCUUCGAUGAUGGCAGCUUGUUUAACAGCAAGACAUGCUUCAAGAAGCGCGACGUUAUCCUCUUCAAGUCUGGCGGUGACAUGCUUUCUGCCAUCGCUGGCCUUGGCGCUUUGGUGUGGCUUCUCUUUAUCGCAACCUUCGCCUGGACUCUGUAUAGCUUCCUCAACGGCCGCAAGGCUGGUCGAUUCUUGUUUGACCACGAAAAUGCCCCUGUUCAGACGAUUGCCAUGGAGCCCAAGCAAGACCAACAAGCUCAGCAGCAGCAGCAGACGCUUAUCCCACCCCAGGGUGUUGCUCAGCCCAAUACUCAGUACCCCCCACAGGACCAAUACCCGCAGGGCCAGUAUCCUCCUCAGACCACUAGCCCGUACCCACAAGCUCAGUCUCCUUAUCAGCCGCAGACUGCCUACUCUCCUCCUCCCCAGGAUCAGCAGACAUAUGGCCAAUACCCCCCACAGCAGUAUCAGCAACCACAAACCUACCAUGAGGCGCCUGCCCAUGAUGGGGUUUCACCACCACCUCCUCAGCAGGCUUCCUAUUAG